UGCUCAUUAGUAUUCAUGUGGUACAAUAAUAAGGAUUUCUAGGAUAAAUUUACUUGCUGAUCGAAUAAUAAUAAUAAUACAUGUGUAAUAGGAUUACAUGAAAAUGUAUAAAGAUAAUAUGAUGAUGAUGAUAUACAUCAACUCAUACAAAAUGUGAUCCUGCCUUCAAUGUACAUAUUAUGCUGUUUAUAACAUUUGAAAGUAUAACUAAUCUUGUCUGGUUGGAUAUAGACUUUAAAACACGACUGCUGAUAUUGCUCACUUUGUUAAAUAUGUCAAUGUAUACUUGUAAAAACAUAGAAUUUUCCCCGGAAAUGUUUACUUCGGUUAAACAGCAGCAUUCUUUGAAUUCAGAUUUGCCUAAAUAUGUUAAAUCGUAUUCAGAUAGCAUUAAGAAGCAUAGAGUGGAAUUAAUACCGAUUAAAGCGACUCCAGAGUAUGUUAUCCUUCUGGAUACAGACGUUACUGAUUGGAAUAACUGGACAAGAAAUACGGGAAAAUAUGAAGGAUGGCGUCAACAGACACACCCAAUUUUACAAAGAAAAAUUUACGGUGUAUGCCAGAUAGCCCAAGAGCACAAUGAUAAUUGGUUGUACAGUCCAUCAGUUCAUAUUACUGAAGCGAAAAAUAUUAUUGUAGAGGUCACCUUCACAAUAAGAGAAUGCAGGGAACAUCCAAAUUCUGAUGUGUUACGUCAUUGUCAAGAGGUGUUGGAACUUCUCCUACGUCAGGAUGAUGGAUUGGUAACCGACGAAAAUGAUGCCAAUCAUGUACAAAACUUAUAUGCAAAAUUGGCUAUAUUGUCUACUUCGAAUAAGAGUCAACACGACCUAUCAACAGAAGGAUUUCUUUCCUCUUGGAAUGUAUCUAAUCAAAACACCAACAAUGCAAAUGAUUUAUCCUCAGAACAAGUUAAUGUAUACAUAACUAGAUUUAAUGUACAAAAUGAAAAUAUUCAAAUAGCUAUACGUGAUCGUGGAUCAUGCUCAACUAUACGAAGAGUACGAAUAGGAUUUAUUGUUUGCCCAUUUAUGCGAAGAAAUUUUGUAGAAUAUCCUCGAACUGUUACUGGAAGAAUAAUGGAAGGCCUGUCUGUAGAUGGACGAUGUAUCAGUGGUGCAGCUUUGCUUAAUCAUAGGGAAGUUCCUAAAUUGAUUUGUCAAACAGAUGGAUUGUGGUAUUACGAAGCAUUGGUAUCGAUUGACUCAACUGGGGAGACGAACAUGAACAGCUUAUCAAGAAGCAAUUAUUUGAAUCAUUUGGAUAGACCGUGUGAAUGUAUGCCUGGAUUUGGUGUAUCGAACGAGGACAGUUUGACAGAUCAGUUGUGCGAACCCUGUGGACUGUAUCACUUCAAAUCAACCUUUGGACCAUUUCCAUGUCAACGUUGUCCAUUGAACUCACACAAUCCUUUUCAUACUCUAUCAGGACGUAGUACACAUGGCCUUAAUUAUUUAAAGUAUGGCUCUACAGUAUUGAAAUACAAUGGCUCAUUUCAGCAUGAAGUUGAUAGCUGUGUAUGCGAUGCUGGCUAUCAUCGGCAUCCGGUGUUGGACAGACCUGAUUCACCAUGUACAAAAAUACCAUCAGCACCGAGGAAUGUGACUGUCAAUCUAAGUGAUCCAGCAAGAGUACAAUUAUCCUGGAAUGAACCAAUAGAAACAGGUGGUCGUUCAAAUGUCUGGUAUAUUUUCAACUGUAUAGAGUUGCCUAAUCAACUUUGCUCACCACAUCUAACUACAGUCCCGACAGUGCCAACUCUUACAACCAGUUUAACACUUAUCGGAUUGAAUUUGGGCAAAUCUAUUGUUCUGAGUAUCAUAGCUACAAAUGAAUUGAGUGAACAUCUUUCACAUAUGGAGCUGAUUCAAUCUACCACCAGUAUAACAAUUCACCUACCUAAACCAAUAAAUAUUUCAGUUGGAAAUGUUUACUUUAAUGAAGUCAAACACUGGAAAGGCAAUAAAUCGGCAGCUCAUCAACUUUCAAUUGACUCAAAACUAUUAUCAGACAGUACCAGAAAAAACUCUAUUGAAAAAGUAUACGAAUUCUCAUGGGAACCGCCUCAAUUUCUGUUGAGUAAAUCAUUUAUCCAGAUACCACAAUCAGAAUACAACUCUUUGACGUCCGGUGAACUACAGACAAAUCAACAAGAUGGUGAUUUUCCUGUAAUCGAAUAUCAAGUCCACGUAUGGAUAAGUUCAACGGUGAUGGAAUUCGAGGACACUUAUUAUGAAAGUAAACCAGCGCUAACACAUUUUCUGUCAGAGACUUCCAUUUUCUUAACUGAUCUACCCCAGCCUGGAGCUUUAGGAAUUUGGGUAAGACCACGUCUAAGUAUUGGAUGGGGAAUAUUUAAAAAGUCGGUGUAUUACUAUUCAAAUAUGAAUGAAGAAAAUGGCGAAAAAAGAAUGACUACCUACAGUCCACUGCUUAUGGAUACUGCGUCAAAAGAGCUGUCGACUACAUCAAAUCAUUCUCAAACAAUAAAGCUGGUUUAUACGUCAAAUCGUUUUCGGAUUCUAAUGGGUAUACUGGGAUUAGGUGCUAUUCUUUUAUGCUGUCUUGUAGCCAUUUUGAUAUUUCUUCGAUUCUGUUCAAAACAAAACAGAUUCAGAGAUAGAAACACGCAAAUGGAAACAGUUCUUGUUCCAAAUUCGUUAAACGGUGUGACAAAUGAGAAUGUUGAAAAGCCAACAGAACGUGAUUUACAACUGGAAGCUCCAGACAGUCCGUCAGUAAGUGACCAUUCCACUCCAUUGAAGUCUACCGUAUGUGAUCCACUUCAACCACCGGUUUCAAUCAGGGAAAUCAACAAAGAAAUCGAUCCACGCCGGAUUAUGAUCAAGAAAACAAUUGGUGAAGGAGAAUUCGGUAAAGUAUGCGCUGGUGAUUUUUUAACUUUGCCUGAGAAUAAACCACAACUUGUUGCCAUAAAAAUGUUACAUCCAAAUGUCAAUGAAAAAACACGUCAAGACUUUUUAACAGAAGCAGACACAAUGAGUCAGUUGGAUCACCCAAAUAUCGUACAGUUGAUUGGAUUAGUAACUCAAUCAGAGCCUAAAAUGAUAAUUAUUGAGUUUAUGGAGAAUGGAUCACUUGAUAAUUUUCUCAGAUGCUCUGGAAGUAAACUGGCAACUGAACAACUCUUAUAUAUGCUAAGGGAUAUUGCAUCUGGUAUGAAUUAUCUUGCUCAUUUGAACUUUGUCCACAGGGAUUUAGCUGCUAGAAAUAUACUUGUUGACAAGUUCAAUACCUGUAAAGUAUCAGAUUUCGGAUUAACUAGAAAAGUUGGUUCAGAUACUGCUGAGGAUGCAUACACAUUUACGGGUGGAAAAGUUCCUAUCCGCUGGACAGCACCUGAGGCUAUAAUGUACAGAAAAUUUACCAUUUCCAGUGAUAUCUGGUCAUUUGGUAUUGUAGCCUGGGAGUUAUUCAGUCUCGGUGAAAGACCCUAUUGGAAUUGGACAAAUCAAGCUGUUAUUGCAAUGGUAGAAAAAGGUUAUCGUCUACCUGCACCAAAAGCCUGCCCCGAUGAUAUCUAUCAAAUAAUGACAUCCUGCUGGGAUAAUAAUCCAGAGUACAGGCCGAAAUUCAGUGCGAUCUGUGAACAAAUCAGCGUAUCUAUUGAUAAGUAUCUACAAACAAAUAGUAGAAAAGUAGACUAUAUGAAUGUAAAUAAAUUGAAGACGGUGAAUUCUUCUUCAUUAACUUUAUCGUGGAAUGAUGCUGAUAAUGGUGGGGAUGAUGAUGAUGAUGCUAUUGCCUAUUGUCUUUUGCCUAAAUCAGUCGAUAAUGCUUUACUUACACCUAGUGUUAAUAAUAAUAAUAACAAUAAUGCAUCACAAAUCUCAAGAAACUCCUCUUACAAGAUGUACACUUCUUUUUCUUCAUCAAAUACCUAUUUUAAUAUGAAUACAGUAAAUACUACAAGUGAAGAGAAUCCAUUGUAUAAUAAUAAUAAUGCUAAUAAUAAUCGGGAAUGUAAAAAUGAUAUUUCAAUGAGGGAAUUCAAAGAUACAAUCAGCAGUCUAAGAAAUGAUACCGGUAAAUGUUCAGUGAAUAGUAUGAAUUCUGGUCAAGAGAAACUUCUAUAUUACGCCAAUAAUCAUAGUACAAAUGAGCAGAAGAUUGAAGCUAUGAAUGGAAAGUACAUUUCUUUUUCUAAACCAAAAUGUAAUGUUUACGCAUGACCCAUUCUCUCUCUGUCUCUCCCUAAAAAUUGUCUUCUGUAUCUAGAGGGUAAAGAAUGAAGACGUCCUAGUCAAUGUCAGUCGUAAAUCCCCUUCCCUGUUGAGGUUUACAUUCCUCCUUUCCCACUGCCUUCUUUACUCCUUCAUUGAUAGACAUUACAGCCAAAGAAACCCACGUCUUCCUAUCGAACAAACAAUCAAGCUGUUCACACAUGCAUUUUCGCACAAAUCAGAUGUAUUCCCUCUUUUUUUUAAUUGAAAUAAAAGUUAACCAUGCAUUUCUUUGCAUUUCUGAAAGCUGUUCAAACAAAAACUGUGACGUUAAUUCCUUCUUCUCUUUAUUCUCCCUCUUCUUCUUUUUCUUCUCCAAAGAUGAAAAAAAUUUAGUGUAUAAAGUUCUAGAG